UUAUGGCUGCGAGACAUUUUCUUGUGGAAGCUGCAAUGCGGGAAGAACGCACAGAGCGGCAAAGAAACCGUCGUCGUCUCCGGCUCCAACUGGAUGUCGAACAUAUUCCCGACUUAGAAUUUGUAAGAAAUUACAGACUAAGUCGGGAAUUGUUCGAACAAUUGUGCCAGGACAUAAUUCCCAUACUCCCUCCGAAGAUGAGAAAACAUGGGAUCGAACCCACCCACAAAAUACUUACUGCGUUGCAGUUUUUUGCCCGCGGCAGCUACCAAGGCUCUGUGGGUCAAAAUAUGGACGCACCCAUGGCCCAACAAACCGUCUCACGAUGCUUGCGUGAAGUAACAUCGGCACUCAAUGCACCCAAUAUCCUCAGGAAACACAUAAAAUUCCCGCAAACCCGAAGCGAUAGGAUGUCCAUUAAGCAGAGAUUCUAUGAGAAGUAUGGGAUUCCUGGAGUUAUUGGGUGCAUUGAUUGCACGCAUGUUGCCAUAGUAAGACCCGUUGAGCACGAAGAACAAUUCUUCAAUCGAAAGCAUUUUCAUUCAAUCAACACACAAGUUAUAUGUGAUAGUGAUUUAUUGAUCACCAAUGUGGAUGCGGGAUAUGGUGGAGCAACACAUGAUGCCUACAUUUGGAGGGAAUCUGAAAUUCGCUCCCACCUGGAGAGUCUUCAAAGCGAGACAUCCUAUCUACUGGGUGAUUCUGGUUAUGCUCUUCGGGAGUAUAUGAUGACCCCAGUGGAUAAUGCCAUCGAGGACUCUCCAGAGGGAAGGUAUAAUUCCCUCCAAAAACGUGCACGCUCCACCAUAGAACGUACAUUUGGUGUCCUCAAAGGUCGAUGGCGAUGUCUUUUAUCAGCUCGGGAACUUCAUUACUGCCCAGCCACUGCAGGUCAAAUAAUAUUGGCCUGUUGUGUUUUACACAAUAUUUGUGUUCGGGCUGGUAUUGAAGCUCCAGAGUUGUUACAAGAUGACAUCGACUCUGAGAGGACACGACAGGUGGCAUCCCAGGCAGCAUCAUCAUCGACCAGCCAAGCGUUACAGGCUGGUCGAAGAGCGAGGCUGACCUUAAUCCAAACAUUGGAAAGACACCGAUAACGCAUGAAGACAACAAUGCUUUUUUUUAUUUUUACC